AUGGAGGCGCUUGGUGGGGUGGCCAGCGUCAUCGCUGUGGUUGAUCUCUCAGCCAAAGUGCUCUCACUCUGCUCGCAAUAUCACGAAGAAGUCAAGAAUGCUAGAAGCGAUAUUGAGGAGCUCAGAAAAGAGGUGCAAAACGUUCAGACGCAACACGAGAGAACAAAAAUGUUGCUUGAAGGCCGAAUGGGCUUUGUCCUUGAGACUUCACGACAGCUGAUUGAAGGCCAUCAAGGUUGCAAAAAGCAACUGGAAGAUUUGGAGUCCAAGCUGGCACAAAAUCUACAAAAUCAGCCUGGUUCCACGAGGAUGAGAAGAUUUGGUUGGCGAGCCCUGAAGUGGCCAUUUGCAGCCAAAGCGGUACAGGAGACCGUCCAAAAGCUCAGAGUAUUCCAACAAGACAUAUCAAAGGGACUUACCAUCGAUCAAACCGUGCUUGAGCUGGGUGAUGUUGAGCGCUCCUUCUUGGAGGCCAUUUCAUCUAUACCCUAUGAGAAGCACCACAACAGCAACAGCGAGAAGCGAACUAAGGGUACGUGCGAGUGGCUACUUUUGCACGAAACUUUCAAUGAGUGGCGAAAGAGUAAUUCACAAGUAAUAUUGUGGCUUCAAGGGCAGGUUGGCGUUGGAAAGACAUGCUUGAUGUCAAAGGUUGUCGAUUACAUGAAAGGAGAAUCCGGAAACCUUUCACAAAAUGAGGGGGUUAUCUUCUUCUACUGCGAUCAUCAAGAGGAACGGCGUCGAAAACCAGUAUCUAUUUUCCAAUGCCUGCUUCGUCAACUCCUACUGUUUGCAAAAGAAGACCAUCCUGCGAGAAAGCAGCUCUACAAUCGCUGGCAGGGGCGAGAAACACAACAGCUUGGCCUCGAUCUCGAGGAGUGCCAGAAGUAUCUAUCUCACUUGAUAAAUGAUUCCGCAAAGACCACAGUCAUUCUUGAUGCCUUGGACGAAUGCGAACCCAGCUCUCGCAGGUACAUUAUUGAGGGACUCAAGACUCUCUUGGAAAAGUGCAGCAAGCCGCUCCGUAUCCUCGUCUCUAGCCGUCCUGAAAGAGAUAUCCGUGACAGACUCUCUUCUGUCUCCAGUAUUGAUGUCCGGGCAGAGUACAAUGAGCAAGACAUCAAGACUUUUGUCAAACAAGAGAUUGUCAAUCAUGAUAAUUGGAGCAACAUGCCGCCUGAACUACAACUCAUUAUUGAGCGUACAAUCCAGGGGAAGAGUAGCGGAAUGUUCCAGUGGGCAGCUCUUCAGGUCGAUCAGCUUCUAGAGCAAGAAACUAUCAGCAACAUCAAAGACCGCCUCGGCCGGCUGCCUGAUACCCUAAAGGGCACAUAUGACGAGCUAUUCGCUGCAAUAAGAAUCCGAAAGGGGACUGACAAAUGGUUAGCAGAAAAUGCUCUGAGAUGGGUCAUGUGUGCAUUUGCCCCUCUCGGAAGAGAAGAAUUGCUGUCCGCAAUCCGAUUGAACACGGAGGGUGACGAAUUGGUGUUGCUUGAAAAGAUCACCGAAGUCCAAUUGCUGAAACUAUGCAACCACAUGCUCGUCUUCGAUACAGAACGAGACGUAUGGAGAUUUGCACAUUUUUCAGUCAUUGAAUAUCUUGAAGACAUCGGCUUUGGCAUCCGGAAGUCUCAUUCAGACGUUGCCAAGGCUUGCCUGAAGCUUCUCAACCACACAUUUAUCAAUUUUGAGCAGCAAGGGGACACCAGCAAAGUAAAAAACCACACUACAGUCACAGAUGGCAUCUUCGAAACUGAUCAUCCCAUCCAAGUGUAUUCUCGACAUCAUUGGAUCAAUCAUAUUCAGACACAGGAGACCUCCUCAGAGCAGGAACGAGAUGAUGAACUGAAAGAGCAGAGAAUUGACAAUGCAUUGACUCGCCAACUUCAGACCUUCCUGGGUUCUUUUGACAACAGCAGCCCUCAGUAUCGAAAUUGGUACGACCAAGUUUUUGAAGACCGAUAUUUUCCACGCACAUCUUUUCUAUACAUCCCGGGUCAUUGCCGCACAGCCCCCUUACGCAUGAUAUCUCCAGAAUCGGCAAGCAUUCUACUUGCCUGCCGGUUCGCGGUCCACAAGGUCUUGGAGGAUUGGUGGAAAGCGGAUUAUGACCUUUGGCAGACCAAUCAUGAUGGGAAGAACCUUUUGGCCGUCGCUGCAGCCGGCGGUUCCAACUCCAUUUGCAAAGAGCUUUUAAGUCGUGGAAUCAAUGUUGAAAGCCAAAAAACGAAUAAUGCCGAAGCUCUUGCUGAAGCAUACUAUUAUGGCCAUAUUGACACCCUCAAGCUCUUAAUCACAAAACAAAUGGUUGAUCCGAAUGUGGGUAUAGGCUUGAAAGGCAGCAUCCUCGUAAUGGCAGCAGAAAACAGAGAUCUUGAGACAACAAGAUUUUUGCUUCAAGAAGGGCAAGCAAACGUCAACAUGGUUGUUGAACACGGCAGGUGUGGCAGUGCUUUAACAGCAGCAUCUAGAACAUUCUGUCUAAGCAUCGUGAGACUCUUGGUCCAAGAAGGCCAAGCAGACGUCAACAUGGUUGUUGAACACGGCCAGUAUGGCAGUGCUUUAGCAGCAGCAUCUAGAUCAUUCGGUCUAAGAGUCGUGAGAUUCUUGGUCCAAGAAUGCCAAGCUGACGUUAACAUGAUUCUUCAGCAUGGCCGUUAUGGAAGUGCUUUAGCAGCAGCAGCAGAAGCAGGAUCUCGUCGCGGAUCCAGUAAACAUGUUGUGGAGUUCUUGGUCCGAGAAGGCCAAGCAGACGUUAACAUGAUUCUUCAGCAUGGCCGUUAUGGAAGCGCUUUAGCAGCAGCAGCGUCACGUAAGAAUUUCAAAACUGUCAAGUUCUUGGUUCAAGAAGGUCACGCAGACGUCAAUCUUCCUCUCAGGUGCGGCAAAUACGGUACAGCCCUUGCAAAAGCAGCAGCAAGUGGGGAGCUGAAGAUUGUGAAGUUUUUGGUUGAAGAAUGCGGGGCGAAGAUCAAUCUGCCUGGAAACAUUCGACUCAGAUAUGGGCUCGAGUGCGACGCCAUUCAUGCAGCACGCACAGCGAAAGAGAAGUCGAAGGACAAUGGGUGCUUGAAAUUUCUCGAAGAUUGGGUGGCUCGUCAUCCUCAAGAAGUGGAAACCGAAAAUCAAACAUGA